AUGUCACAAGCAAGCACAACAUUAAGCCCUUCUUCUUCACCCACUUUGAGUAAUCAUUCAACUACAUCUCCUACAACUACAGAAAUGACUAUGAGUGCUACCACAACGACUCCAACAACUUCUUCAACAAUUUUAGCAUCAAGUGCAAGUAGUUCAACUCCAACACCCAAUGGAUCAACUCCGACACCUAUGACACCCAGCUCGUCACCCGUAUCAUCAUCUGCUUCACCUACCGGGACUACUUUACAAUCUACAACUGCUACGGUUACUACAACUACUAAGGAUCAAAAUGGAAAUUUAAGCACAUCAACUCCUAGUGUAACAACUCAUGAAACCAGUUCACCAUCUACUCAAUCUCUUGUAACAUCUUCACCUUCAAAUGCAACUCAAGCUAUCAUGGGUGCAUCAUCCCUUUCUUAUGUUUCUUACAUUUAUCCUUUUCUAAUAGUUAUUAUCGUAAUAAUAAUUAUAGCUUAUUUUUACUGCAAAGUAAGUUUACAUUUAAAAAUAUAUUGUAUCUUAAUUUUUCUUUAA